UCACGCGGGGUUGACCUCGCGUGUUUCUCAGGUAAAUUCCUGCUGAAGGUAAACAAAUGGACCCAGCGGCGGUUUGCGGUGAAAACAUGAAAAAUGUGACCAAACUGCGCGGAUUAAAGCGAGUAAAAUGCCCGGACAGAAAAGAAGAUAUAAUGUAAGGUUCCCUCCUAGUCGCAUCAAAAAGAUCAUGCAGAAGGAUGCAGAGGUGGGGAGGAUCGCGAUGGCGGUUCCUGUGAUAAUCUCUCGAGCGUUGGAAAUGUUCCUGAAGUCUCUGCUGACCAAAAUCUGUUUGCUCACUCAGUCUAAGAACAGUGGUGUCGUGUCCGUCGCUCACAUGAAGCAGUGCAUAGAGUCAGAGAAGCUCUUCCACUUCCUCAGAGAUCUGGUUGAGCAAUCCCUGUCUGCAGGACAGAAGGACGCCAGAGGACUGAGCCUGUGGCCGCUGUACAGGACCAAAAUGCAUGAAAUGCAGGUUCAGAAACCGUCUGAAGUGGUAGAAAAGGCGCCAAGGCGAAAUCUCUGCUCACUGGACAACGACUCCAGCUCCAGUGAAUCAGAACUUUACAUCUGCCUUUGAGCAAACCAGAGGAAAGUGCAGUCAACUUCCAGCAUCAUUUCAUCAUGUCCCUUUUUAUUUAAAUGUUUAUUUGUAUUUAUACUUUGCUUGUCCGGGUUAAUGUGUGGGUUAUAACUAUGAAAAGAAAAACGCAUCGUUUUGAGGAAAAACAUUUAAGUUACAUAAUAUUUUACACCUUUGGCUGCUAAUGUACAGUUUUGGGUUGUCUUUGUUUUAUUUUGAAAAAAUAUAUCUAUAUUUGUGGCAUUUUGUGAUGAAGCCUGUUCCCCUUUUGUUUGUUGCAGAAAUGUUGCGAGGACAGGAAGAAGUUGAAUGCUCUGUGUAGGUUUACGUUAAGGUAUACUGAUUAUAUUAUUCCAUUUAAAUAAUGUCAGACUUUUAAAUUCUUUGCUGUUCAUGCAAUUUGCUUUGUUCAUAAGUUGAAUUAACAUGGUGUGAUGCUCUGGUUACAGUUUCAAUGUUUGGACAUGACUGUGCUUUAAAUCCCCGUCUCCCUUACUGUUUUAUGCAGCACCCUUUAAAACUGAACUAAGUGCUUAUUAUGCUGAACAGUGACCUCAACGGUUCCUGUUGAGCGUUUAACUUUUAAAGCACUUGUAAAUUAACGUUUUAAAGAGUUUACAAUAGUACAGAGCUCCUACGGGAACAUGCACAAAGAGACACUUUUUCAUGCUGAUGUGAAUGUCCAUGUCCCUAUGGGGCUACGAAUCUUUGCAUGUGAAGUCAAAUUCUAAAUAAAUAACUUCUGCGAGUUAACGUGAAGUUAAAUAAAAACAAAUCAAGAGCAUAGAGAUUGGUUUAUUCCAAGAAACUAAUCUUUUAACAUCGUGAGGUGAAAUGAUGAAUAAAUGGACGCACGCCGUUCUGAAAACUUUACUGGAAAUGUACAUUUUUAAAGCCAAAUAAAAGCAAUUCUCUUGAGUUGCACUGCUAGCUGCAUGAAGAGAGGAAACUGAUUUCAAAUUGUAACACUUUCUAACAUUUUGCUUCAGCUCCCAGCUGAUCCUGUGGUGAAGUUUCGAUGAAAUACCUAAACGGUAAAGUACUGCUUAGCGCUAAGAGACACACUUCAGUAAAUUCAGAUCCAGUAGUCAUUCUUCCGUCUGGCUUUUUGAAAUAAAACAUGCAUCUUCACUACAGUUACACAUGAAGAGUAAAAUACGUUUUUAAAAAAAGCAUAAUUUCUUUCCGUAAAAGAAAAACCAAACAUUUAUUAACUCUUGCAGUAAUUACAUAUUUAUAGAAGUGGAGGCCAAUUUGCAUUAGUGGUUCAAUAGAUUCUUCUUUUGCUUGAUUCAAUCCAGAGUCUCAAAGGAUCAGUCCAUUAAUCCCUCUCCUCUAAACUGACCGAGAGAAAUCUAGUCUUAAAUACAUUGAAAGAAAUGAAAACAUUUACACAAACGGGUGACAGAAGAGCCUCACUUCGUUAUCUCUUCUCAUUAACUCGUGCUUUGAGUUUACAAUGGGUAAUCUUGUGCCAGAGAGAUCAUAGAACAGAAAAAGAACAAAACCGUAGACUAGAGUAAAACUUCUUCAGUAGAGUCGCGAUCCGUAGCCAAAAGUCUGUUUAAUAGCUUCAAAGUAGUAUCUCUUCCAGCCCUCUUUCGUCCGGUCCUCCUCGUUGUCCGGGACGCCUCGACAAUCCACCUUCAGCUCCGUCUCGCUGUUGCGGUCCAUGAACGUCAUGGAGAUCGUCGAGUAAUGCUCUGUGGGGCAGAAACACCAUCACAUUAGACACUG